AAAGAGAGGGGACAGAGGGAGAGAGAGGGAGAGGGAGAGAGACGAGAGAUUUAUCCUGGGUCCCAGGAACCCACGGUACCCAAUUGAAAAUCACAUUCUGCAGGGACAGAGGUAGGAGGAGGAAAAGAGAUUAACACACCUACGGCCAGGAACCUCUCCCUCUCUCCUCACUCCCUCUCCCUGCCCUAGUUCUCUGGUCCCCAAACUCGGGUCCCCGUGUCCCUCAGAGGAGAUACCAUGUUGUUCUUCGCCCUCCUGCUAGAGGUGACUGGGAUCCUGGCUGCCGAUGGGGGUCACCACUGGACCUACGAAGGCCCACACGGUCAGGACCACUGGCCAGACUCUUACCCCGAGUGUGGAAGCAGCGCCCAGUCCCCCAUUGACAUCCAGACGGACUGUGUGACGUUCGACCCUGAGCUGCCUGCUCUGCGGCUGCAUGGAUAUGAGCAGCCUGGCGUGGAGCCUUUGGACCUGCAUAAUAACGGCCACACAGUGCAGCUCUCUCUGCCCCCCACCCUGGAGCUGGGCGGACUGCCCCGGAAAUAUGUAGCUGCCCAGCUCCACCUGCACUGGGGGCAGAAAGGAUCCCCAGGGGGGUCAGAGCACCAGAUCAACAGCGAAGCCACAGCUGCAGAGGUACCGGGGCACAAAGAGCUCAGACCAGGACACAAAGACAACACAGGGGUGGCUGGAGCCGGGCAAAGGAAGAGUCGGACACUGCUAAGUCACCCUGGGGUGAUAAGACCCAGCUUUGGGAGACAGUUACAGCGUGCUGGGGUCACGAUGGUGCUUGGGUCAAGGCCUUGGUGGGGCGAGGAAACAUUAAAUGCCUCCACUCCCCCUGCUUUCCCUCAGCUCCACAUCGUUCAUUAUGACUCGGAUUCCUAUAGCAGCCUGAACGAGGCCGCCCACAGGCCGCUGGGCCUGGCUGUCCUGGGCGUUCUAAUCGAGGUCAGUGACCUCCAGUCCUUCCCAGCUCGCUCCACUUCCUCUGCAUUACCUGGGCCUAUUUCGUGGCCGGCAUCCUCCCAAGAUGGCUGGGCUGCAGCAACCCAUCCUGUCCAUGAAUAUCUUACUCCUUUCAUCCUCUCCAGAUCAGACAACCUCCGUGCCUCCCUUCAGUGUGAGAGAGCUGCUCCCCCCACAGCUGGAGCAGUUCUUCCGCUACAACGGCUCGCUCACCACGCCCCCCUGCUACCAGAGCGUGCUCUGGACAGUCUUCAACCGCAGGGCCCAGAUUUCAGUGGGCCAGAAGAGGAGCCCUCGGAGGCCCUGGUGCAGAACUACCGAGCCCCCCAGCCUCUCAAUCAGCGGACUGUCGUUGCUUCUUUUGCCCAAGUGGGGCCCCUGUACACCACAGGUGAAAUGCUGAGUCUAGGUGUGGGAAUCCUGCUCGGCUGUCUCUGCCUUCUGCUGGCUGUUUAUUUCAUCGCUAGGAAGAUUCGGAAGAAGAGACUAGGAAACCGGAAGAGCGUGGUCUUCACCUCAGCUGGAGCCACCAGAGAGGCCUAAACUCCCUCUCAGACACGGAUGCCUUCCCUUCACGCCACAGGAGCGACGCUGGUGGUCACACCUGUCAGGGAGCCUCCCAAGUGGGGUGCAGAGGCUGGUCAGAAAAUACGGCUAGGAGUAGUAGGCAGACUGCCCUCUCUCUCUGUGGACAGCCCCACAGAGAGGUAAGGUUCCCCGGUUCUUCUUCGAGGAAGAACAGCAGAGCCUUCAGUGUCUGAAAACAUAGGAGCUCAGGGAUCUGUGUGUAUGAAUACAGAGGGCAAACUAUUUUUGCUGAGCUGUAGAAGCCGGAAAUAUCCAAAGUUUCCCAACUCUUCACCUUACACCCCUUCCCCUAAAUACGUUGCAGGAUCUCCCGUUAGGAAAAGGGCUGCUGCUGGGAUGAUAUUUUUUUGCUCAAUAUAUUUGGAAAUUAAAGUUUCUGACCUUCUCUCUGGGCUAUCCUUCGAGGGUACAAGAGUUCCUUAAUCCCUCGGGUGCCAGAGAUGGGCAAAGGGGAGGGGAAAAGCAGCACAGUGAUUAACUCCUUUUAUCCCACCGCUGACAGGGGAGACCCACUUCUGGGAAAAACCUUAGUUUAAAGUGUCUGACACUUAAACCACCAACCCAGACUUCUGGCCUGGCACCACAGCUAUGCUUGGAGAUCAGUGGUUGCCAGGUUAGGAAGGAAUCAGAAUAAGAGAUAUGGGAGAGCAGGAAUCUCAAUUAAUAUGUUAUC